AUGGGUGGUGGCCCGGUGGCUGGGCGGAGCGGAGCCAGGUGGCCGGGCGAUGAAGUGGGCCAGGCGGCGAAGGAGGCCGGGCUGGGAGCUAAAGGCGGCGGCUGGGGUAUUCCGACGGUGGAGGAGGCCGGGGAGGGCCGGCGGUGGGGGCCGGGAGGUGGCAGCUGGGGAGUGGGGGGCCGUAGGUGGUGGCGGGAUCGCCGGAGGUCGACAGCGCGGGGUUGCUGGAGGGGGCCGAGCUGGAAGGGGGCCGGAGAACGACGCCGACAGGGGGCCGGGGACCGGCGGCGCUGCGUACGGGCCUGCAACAUGGCAGGGGCCCCACGCUCCGCUAGUGAGGAUCACGAGACAUUUGAGGACCCGAGUGAUAGAGACACAAUGGAUCACCAGGAUGAGAGAGAGGAUGAGAGAGAACAUCAAGAGAUGGAGGAUGAUGAUGAUGGUGAUGGAGAUAUCGGUGGGGAGGGAGGUCAGGGUGGGGAUGAUGAGGAUGAUUAUUCAAAGGAAGGAAGAGAGGGUGAGAAAAAAGAAUAG